CGAAGUCAGAAGACCUCAGUUCUUAUGAUCCGUGGACGACCUCUAACACCAAAUCAAAAACUACACCAAAAUCAGCAGUUACUAAACGUAUAGAAGCCGUCCACAAGGAACAUAGUUCAUCACCUCUGUCCCCUAAUAAGCAACCUCCAGUAAAUCGUCAAAUAAGAAGCAAGAUGAAGUUGGUCGAAUCACCAGCAGCAAAUAUUGCCUCAUCCAUAAUCAAUAAACAUAUCGAUGGAACAUCGAACAACGCAAUCUAA